CCCCACUUCAGUUCACUAGCCCACCCCUCUCGUCCUGUCUCCCGUUCUUCUCCGACCACCCGCCUCGCCGGCCGCCACCUUCCCAUUCACCGCCCCGCCGGCCGCCACCCACCGCUUCCGCCUUCCCAUUUACCACCCCGCCGCCGCAAUAAGACCACAACAUACCUCUCCGACCAAUACAUGCUCCAGAGAUGCCGCUUACUCCGGCCUGUUUCCUUCCGCCGCCGCCCCAUCCACUCCUCCGCUCCGCCCCAAGCCGACGGCGAGGUCGGCGCCGCGACCGACCCCACUCUACUGGGCCGUCUCACUCGCCUCCUCCUCCUCCACCGCUUCCCCGCCGUUUCCCGCCUCCUCUCCUCCUCCCCGCUCACACACGCACUCCUCCACGCCGCCCUCCGCCGCGUCCGCCUCGACCCGGACGCCGCCCUCCACCUCUUCCGCCUUGCUCCGUACCGCCCGUCCCUCCUCGCCCACGCCCAGCUCCUCCACAUCCUCGCCCACGCCCGCCGCCUGCCCGCCGCGCGUGACCUCGUCGCCUCGCUCCUCUCCGCCCGCUCCAGCUCCGCAGCCCCGUCCCUCUUCCCCCACCUCGCCGAGGUGUACAAAGACUUCUCCUUCUCCGCCGCCUCCUUCGACCUGCUCCUCCGAGCCCACGCAGACGCUGGCCAGCUUACCGACGCCCUCCACGUGUUCGAUGAAAUGGGGAAGUUUGGGUGCCGUCGCACCCUGCGAUCCUGCAACCGCCUGCUUAACCAGCUAGUGCAGGCUGGGGAUGUGGGCACCGCGGUGGCUGUGUUUGAGCAGAUGCGGUGCGAUGGUACCCUGCCGGACGAGUUCACGGUGGCCAUCAUGGCGAAGGCAUACUGCAGGGAUGGGAGGGUGACACAGGCAGUGGAUUUCGUGCAGGACAUGGAGAGGAUGGGCGUGGAGGUGAACCUGGUGGCAUAUCAUGCGGUUAUGGAUGGGUAUUGCGGAGUAGGACAGACCGAGGCUGCGAGAAGGGUUUUGCUGUCACUGGAGUCUAAGGGUCUGUCACCGAAUGUGGUGACAUAUACCUUACUUGUAAAGGGUUACUGCAAGGAGGGGAGGAUGGAGGAGGCUGAGAGGGUUGUAAGGGAAAUGACAGAAAAUGAGAAGAUUGUGGUUGACGAGGUAGCCUAUGGUGCGGUGAUCAAUGGCUAUUGCCAAAGGGGAAGAAUGGAAGAUGCCAACAGGGUAAGAGCUGAGAUGAUUGAUGUCGGACUGCAGGUUAAUUUGUUUGUGUACAACACACUGAUCAAUGGAUAUUGCAAGUUGGGGAGGAUGGUUGAAGUAGAGGAACUUUUACAGGAAAUGGAGGAUAGAGGGGUGCGUCUGGAUAAAUAUAGUUACAAUACUCUAGUAGAUGGGUAUUGCAGAAAUGGUUCCAUGAACAAGGCAUUUGGAACCUGUGAUAUGAUGGUAAGGAAUGGGUUCGCAGGGACAACACUAACAUAUAACACGCUAUUGAAUGGUUUUUGCUCGUGUGGUGCUAUUGAUGAUGCACUUAAAUUGUGGUUCUUGAUGUUGAAGAGGGGAGUAGCGCCUAAUGAAAUUAGCUGUAGCACACUGUUGGAUGGUUUCUUCAAAGCAGGUAAAACCGAGAAGGCCUUGAACCUUUGGAAGGAAACCUUAGCAAGGGGUUUGGGGAGAAACGUGGUUACAAUUAACACGGUUAUUAAUGGGUUGUGUAAGAUUAGGAGGAUGGUUGAAGCAGAGGAGCUAUUUGGUAGGAUGAAGGAAUGGAGGUGUCCUGCUGACAGCUUGACUUACAGAACACUAAUUGAUGGUUACUGUAAAAUAGGUGACCUGGAUAGAGCUACUCAAAUUAGGGUUGACAUGGAACAUUUAGGCUUUGUUCCUUCAGUUGAAAUGUUCAAUUCUUUCAUAACCGGAUUCUUUGUAGCUAGGCAAAGUGGCAAGGUGAAUGAUAUCGUUGUUGAAAUGACUGCAAAGGGACUUUCUCCUAAUACAGUCACUUAUGGAGCCCUGAUAGCUGGAUGGUGUAAUGAGGGCAAUCUGCAUGAUGCCUAUAAUUUGUAUUUUGAAAUGGUCGAGAAAGGUCUGGCUCCAAAUCUCUUCAUCUGCAGUGCUUUAGUGAGCUGUUUCUAUAGACAGGGAAAGGUUGAUGAGGCAAAUUUGGUGUUGCAAAAGCUUGUCGGUACAAACAUGAUUCCAGACUGCAGUGCAAGCACGCUUGAUAUUGGUAAAGUAGCACAUGUCAUUGAAUCUCUUGCUGGUGGAAAUCACCAGUCUGCAAAAAUUAUGUGGAACAUUGUUAUUUUUGGGCUGUGCAAAUUGGGUAGAGUUUCAGAUGCUAGAAAUUUGUUUGAGGAUCUGAAAGUAAAGGGAUUCGUUCCUGAUAACUACACUUAUUCUAGCCUCAUUCAUGGUUGCUCUGCCUCAGGUUUUGUCGAUGUAGCUUUUGGCCUGAGGGAUGCGAUGUUGGGCGUCGGUCUUACUCCAAAUAUUGUAACAUACAAUUCUCUCAUCUAUGGCCUCUGCAAGUCUGGGAAUGUUCAAAGGGCAGUUAGUCUUUUCAGUAAGUUGCAAUCAAAGGGUAUGUCCCCUAAUGCUAUCACCUAUAAUACCCUGAUUGAUGGACAUUGCAAGGAUGGUAAUACAACUGAAGCCUUCAAGUUAAAACAAAAGAUGAUCGAGCAAGGUAUUCAGCCUAAUGUAUUCACCUAUUCUAUACUGAUCCAUGGUCUCUGUACUCAAGGGUAUAUGGAAGAAGCAAUCAAGCUUCUGGAUCAAAUGAUUGAGAAUAAUGUGGAUCCAAAUUAUGUUACAUAUUGGACACUGAUUCAAGGUUAUGUUCGGUGUGGUAAUAUGAAAGAGAUUUCCAAGCUUUACAAUGAGAUGCAUAUCCGUGGACUUCUGCCUGCCAAUGGUACUGGACAUGUAAAACAUGCAGAUCCUGUUGUAAUUUGUAAACAGCCAGAAUGUAAAUAUGGACAGUGCUAACUUUUUGUUUGUGUAUACAUACUUUUCAUUACUUGGAAGAUGUUGGUCAGUUAUGACUUGCAUGAGAAAGCAAAUCACAAGGCUCCACCUCAACUUUCAAUGAAUCGAUAAGUUAUCAUUACCUCAUUUUCUUGUAUAAAUUUAGUCUGAUCUGUUUUUUUCCUGCUUAUUUUUAUUUCACGUAUUAGUCUACUUAGUGUUAGGGAUCAUGUUUCACAAACCAGCUUUUUGUACAAUCAGAAGCUUCAAAGGUCUAGGUGAAUGCACUGGAAGAAAACGUUCCGCUUUCUGCAUCACACAUUAUCCUUUUUGUCCUACAACCGAGGGAGUACUCAUGCAAUCCAUGUUCAUCUUUGGAUCGAUUUUAUUAGGUCACUGUCUCGAGAGGUUUUAAAGGUGGUGGAUAUCAUGCAAACUUCUCCAGUCAAGAAGAGGAUGAAGACAGUUCUCAGAGCUUCCUGGCGUCAUCGGAGGUGGCCUCGUCGAAGAUGACAGUCAGUUUCUUGCAGAUAAGGUGCUUUUCCUUUGUAAGGAUGUCGGCCUGCAUCGCUGCUGGCUUGCUGACGAUGUGCGUGCUCUGGUGGACGGAGCCUAGGGAGACACGAAUCUUGUGUCGGUGAGGUGGGAAAUGAAUAAUAUUCAUGUACAGAGCUUACACUGGGGGAUCAUUCAGACAAUAGCUUUGGUAACGUUAAAGUGCAAAGUUGUUGCAUCUUUCAAGUAUUUUUGUUACUAUUUUGUAACAUGUUGCUGUUCUAUAUUGUUUUUGCAUUUUAUUGGCAACUAACACUCUUACUAUCAGCAAAUGCUUUAUUUACAACUGAAUUUUCAUAUAUUUUUUUGCGGAACAAUGUCAUAGAUGAGUUAAUGCAUGUUAAGUUAAUUGAUCUUUCUGAAGUGGAAGGACUUCGUUGAACAUGCCUCUGUUUUUGGAAUAUGUUAUGGUGUCAAGACAAAGAAAAAAAAAUUCCCUACACAGAAUAGCUUUGGCGACAUUAUACUGGGGGAUUUUGCUUAAUUUUCUCUGCCAAUUCGAGCAUUGUUUUAAUGGCUAAUAAGUUCCUUAGAUGUUUUAGUAUUUUUUUUAAAUUUAUCCAUAUGAAGUGAAGCACUAAAACAUUGAAAUUGCUCACAGCCUUCAUCUAUGUUGCACGGAUACUUGGAUACGUAUCGGAUACGGGAUACGGGGAUACGCCCGAUACGUCAAUUUUUUAAAAACAUGGAU